AUGGUUGGAAAAGAAGCAUCGAAGCGUACGACAAGCAUCUUUUCAUUCUCACAUUUACCAGCAACUGCCAAGCAGCUUACUACUCUACACUCUAUCUCUACUCCAAGUAUCAUGAAAGUCUUCGGUUUCCUCGCUGCUGCUGCUCUUGUCAUCGCUGUCACUGCCGGACAGGAAGCUGGCUCAACUGGUGAAAUGAGUACUGCAACGACCACGACUUCCACUGGCUCUGCUAACACCCUCGACUCUGCUAACGCCCUCGACUCUGCUAACACCCUCGACUCUGCUAACGCCCUCGACUCUGCUUUAGCCACCGACUCUGCUAACGCCCUCGACUCUGCUAACGCCUCCGACUCUGCUUUAGCCGUCGACUCUGCUGCCGUCGACUCUGCUUCCUCCAACUCUGCUCCCUCCACCGUCACUGCAACCCUCGACUCUGCUAACGCCCCCGACUCUGCUACCCUCAACUCAGCUCCGACUACGAUUACGUCUGAAUCGUCUGAUAUGGGCUCCGGUUCUGACAUGUCUGAAUCGCUUGGUGUGGGCUCCGGUUCUGACAUGUCUGGAUCAUCUGGUGCCGCCUCCGUGGCUGUUAGCAGCGUUGCUGCUGUCACUGCCGUUGUUGUCACCUACUUCCUGUAA